AUGGUUUUUAAUUCAGUUUUAUUUGUAUUUUCAGCGGCUCAACGCGUCGACUACGUUUCUCCACAUCGAGGAAGCCUCAAUGGAGCAACAAGACUGACCAUCACAGGAGCAGAUUUCUCGAAGGCGGAGUUCAAACUGAGUCCUGAAGACGCUCAUCUAGGAAACCUGGUGACUCUGGUGUCGGACACCAAGUCGUUUCCGUGCGACGUGGAGAGAGACUCGACUCACAGGGACCAGAUCAUGUGUUACACCAGAGCCAUGCCACACGAUCACUACAUGGUUUACGUCACUGUGGAUGGAGUUCCUAUUCCUGACCACAACCUGUGUAGAGGACAUUAUAAAUCCCACCACUGCAGCUUCUAUCCCGUCUGGUACCGAACCCCGACCAUCUUCUCUCUGAGUCCAGUCAGCGGUCUGCCAGGAACGCUGGUGAUGAUUAGAGGACGAAUCUACACCAACGUCUACGGAAGCAACACGGACCGAAGCUCCAACGGCCUCAACGUCAGAUUUCUGAGGUCCUUCAUGGGAGGGAUGCCUUGUGAGCUGCUCAAACUGGACUCAGAUGAACUCUUCAACCUAAAGCUGGAUUCUGAAUCUUCUCACUGGGGAUUCAUGAGCUGUAAGAUGACCGGGACGUAUGUCGGUCACCACAACUUGUCUUACAUCCUUGAUGGCGACUUUGGAAGGAGUAAACCCGACAAGUAUCUGUACAGAGUUUCAGCUGAGAAUAAACUCUUCAUGUUCCAGACUUAUGCAGAGGUGACUGGAGUCUCUCCAUCGGCCGGCAGCGUCCUGGGAGGAACUCUGAUCACCGUUCACGGACGAUUCUUCGAUGAAACUGAUCGACCAGCUCGAGUUCUGGUCGGAGGUUGUCCAUGUGAGGUCCAGAGUCUCACCGACGACAGAAUCACCUGCAGAACAUCUGAGCAACCAAACGGCAACAUGACGCUUUAUCCAGGCGGCCGAGGUUUGAAGAUGGAGAUCUGGAACCAAACGAGGCCUCAUCACCUGACCGACAUCUGGAGCUACAACGAGUCCACAUCUGGAUGGACUAAGUGGGUCGACUCGAUGCCCCAGAUCUUCCCUCCGGAGCUGAACUACUUCAGCACUCGAACCAGAGGCUUCCUGGUUCCUCCGACCAGCGGAAACUACAGAAUUUACCUCAACUGUGACGACCGAUGUGAGCUGUACAUGAGCAACUCCAGCCGGCCAGAGAGCAAGGUUAAAGUUGCAUUCCAGCCAUAUUUCGUCUCAAACUUCAAUAAAAUGGACUCUCAAAAGUCAGAUGUGAUGGAUCUGGAGAAAGGAAAAGCCUACUACAUUGAAGUGCUGCAGCAGGAAUACACUGGCAAAGCUGGGCUCAACAUCGCUUUGUUCCGAGAAGAAAGUUCGUUCACAGAGGAGCAGACGGACGACGCCGUCAACGAAGUUCAAGAAAUCGUGGCCAAAUACGACUUCUUGAUGAGGAGCAGCUUCUCUGUGAUUUCCUUCGACUCGUGGCCCGGUAAAACCACCGCGGUUAAAGAGGUCCAGAAGAUUGUCGUCAACAGCAGCUGUGAAAGUCACCUCUGUGGAAACACCUUCUUCAGGAUGAGAUACGGAGACGCCAAGACGGUUCCGAUCCCCGUCGGUGCUUCGGCAGACGUGAUGGAAGCAGCUCUGAAAGACUUGUGGUCCAUCAAACCCGACAGCGUCCAGGUGACCAGACAGGAGGAUGGUCAGACCUACCAAUAUACCGUCACCUUCAACUCUGACAGAGGCGACUUCAAACUUCUUCACUCUGAGGUUUUUACCAAUGACACCAGCAUCACCGUUUCUGAGGUAACCAAGGGCCAAAGCAGCAUGGAGACCUUCACUCUGCUGUGGGGCGGCACCCAGACAAAACCACUCGGCUUCAACGCAUCCGAGUCUGAGGUGCUGUCGGCUCUGGAGGACCUGAUGAAGGCCGAGUGUCCCGACGAGGUUCGAGCCACUGAAGGCGUCAGCGUGAAAUACUUCCAUGACUUUGAAAGUAACACUGAUCAGCUUUGCUUCGCCUACAAGGGAGCGUUGAAGAACGUCGUUGAGAUGAAGUUCACGUAUGUCAACAGCAUAACAUCCAGAGACGUUUCUUUAGUCUGAAGCUCUGAUAAAAUAAAACUACAGCGUUGUUCUCCCCAGGUGGACUACAAAUGUCUGGACCUGCAGAGCUCCCUGCAGUAGUACUUCGGCAGCAGAUACAGUCUGCUGGCUUCACUCCACAGAGACGACUCCGGUGAAGAUUUCUACGUAGACGUUGUUUACAUCGGAAAGACGGCCACCACGAGGGAUGUAAACGCUGUCGUCCUGAAGAGGAGGUCUCCUCCUUUCAAGAGCUCCUUCGAGAUGCUCUCUGUCACCAAAAAGGCCUCAAACGCUUCAAACAUCAGCUACGAGAUCAAAGCUACACCUGCAGAAUGUGCGUUUGGGUUCCCGCUGCUGGAAUUCGGCUUCCUGCAGAAGUCCAACAGCAGCGAGGACUGGGCCGAGUAUAAAGCAGGAGGAGCUAAAGUCAGCAUCAGUCGUCCUCAUCGAGCCUCUGGACCUCUGAAAGGAGCCUUCAGUGCAGAGAUUUACGGGGUCAUAGUUGAAGAUCUGUCUGUAAACAUCAGCGAGGACGAGCUGAAAUACGCUCUGGAGGGAAUCGAGGAAAUGGGACAGAUCAGCGUCGCCAAGAAUGGAAGCUGCAGACGACCGAGCUGGAAGAUCACGUGGCUGACGAAGGCCGGAGCCCAGCCUCUGAUCAAGAUCAACGACUCGUCGGUCGUCGGUGAAAACGUCGAGGUUUCGGCUCGUGAGAAAAUAAAAGGAGGACUGUUGAUCAGAAGCCUGCCAGGAGAUUUCUUCAGGACCGCAGAAAAGGAGCCGCAGGUGGACGUUCACAUCAACGGUAUUCCCUCCAAGUGUUCUGGAAACUGCAGCUUCCAGCGGAAAGAAGAGAAAACUCCAGUUCUGACUGGAAUCAGCCCAAGUCAAGGAUCUGACGGUUUGGGGACGCUCCUGACCGUCACUGGAACCGGAUUCGGCAACGAAAACGCCUCCAUCAUGGUGGGAAAAGCAAAGUGCCGCGUGAGCAGAUCAGCUGAAAGAAUACCUUCCUCUCAGGUGUGCAGACUGAGCAGCUCCAGUGCCGGAACUUUCCCGGUGUCCGUCAGCUUUCCCUCUCUGGGAGAUUCCCGACACGCAGGAGGAAACUGUUUACCGGCUCAUCGUUUCCUCUUCUCCCCGACGACCGGCAGCGUGGCAGGAGGAACCCUGCUGACUGUGAGCGGCUUCGGCUUCAGCCAGAACUCCUCGGUUGCUGUCGGCGGUGUCGAGUGUUUGCUGGUUCAGUCCACCGACACGGAGCUCAAAUGCAGAACACCUGCAGGAGCUGCAGGAUCACAGAACGUCACGGUGUCGGAGGGGAACGUGACUCAGUUGGCCGUCGGCUCCUUCACCUUCGAUAUCAGCAUCACACCUCAGAUCUCCAGCCUCAGUCCUCAAACCACCACCGUCACCGGACGCAGAGUUCUCACCAUCCAGGGUUCAGACCUCGGAGACAACAGCAGCGUGGUGUUGGUGGGAGGGAAGGAGUGCGUCGCCCUGCAGUGGACGUCCACAAACAUCACAUGUCUGCUGCCCGAGCUGCCGCCGGGUCGGCGCAAGGUGGACGUUCAGGUCGGCAACAAGGGAUACCCCCAGACAAGCAACGGUGUGAACGCCACCAUUGAAUACAUCCUGGAAGUCUACAGCAUCUCCCCGUCGUUCGGCUCUUUAAUGGGAGGAACCACGUUGACAGUCUCUGGUUCUGGUUUCAGCAACAACACGUCCGACAACAAAGUGUCCAUUGGAGAUACUCAGUGUGAAGUGACGGUUGCCUCGGAGAAAGAACUGCGAUGCGUCGUUGAGUCGGAGCAGGAGACACACACUGUCACCAACCAGGGAUCUCACCACGUUUAUGGACAGGGAUAUGCAUGGAGUCCUUCUUCACUCACAGUGUUUGUUGGAGACACAGUGUUGUGGCGUUGGGAGGCACCUCAGUUCCAGAGAGUAUGGUAUCGGGUCUUCAGUGUUACUUCUGCAAGUUCCACCGCUCCUGGACAGGGACCGCUCAACAGUGGACAGAAGAGUUCAAAAGGGUCUUACAGCUACCAGUUCACUACUCCUGGUGUGUACCUCUACAGCAGCGGCUACAUAGACAACAAAAACAACAUCCUGCUGCAGGGAGUCGUGAAAGUAAGGAAUCGCACUGACAAGACCAACGAGGUUGCCGUCAACGUGGGAGGCUUUCAGGCCAAACUGGUAGCAGGAGGUUUACGUCGUGUCUCCAGAGCAGCACAGCCGUGCGUCGCCACACCACAGUGCCAGCAGACCAAUCAAACUUCAAAUGGGUUUUCCUACAGCUCCUUGGCCUGCUCCACCCCCACAGUCCUCUCCAUCUCCCCCAACCAGGGCUCGUAUCACCAAGUCAUCCACAUCCAGGGAACAGGCUUCAGCAACAUCACCUGCGCUAAUGAGGUGAAGGUUGGAGAUCAGCCCUGUCAGGUGAUCAACAGCUCUCAUUCAGACAUCAACUGCCAGCUCGCCCCCAACACUGAGCUCCCCACCGGCGUCGCUUUGCCCGUGUCCGUCAGAGUCAACAACCUCGGCAGCGCUAUCAUCCUCGUGAAGAACGAGCUCGACCGUCGCUUCGUGGUUUUGCCCGUCGUUGACUCGGUCUCGCCUCCCAUCGGCAGCACCACCGGCUUCACGAGGCUCCUCAUCCGUGGUUCUGGCUUCUCCUCUGGACAAGUGACUGUCGCCAGCGAAUCCUGCAGCAUUCUGUCGCUGAACUACACUCACAUCCUGUGUGACACCGCUCCGUCUCAGCCGCACACCGGCGACGUAGUUUUCCACCAAGGCCAAAUCCAAAGCUCCUGUCAUUCCAACUGCUCCUUCGUCUACUCCUCCUCCAUCACACCAACAGUUACCGGCAUCUCCCCCGACACUAUCAAUGGCACCACCAACGUCACCAUCUCUGGCUCAGGGUUUGGCAGCAGCGUGGACAUUGUGUCGGUUUCUGCCAGCGCCACAGAGUUACAAGUCACCAGUGUUACCGACGGCAACAUCACAGCGAUGGUUAGCACCCUGCCUGCCGGGUACCACUCAGUCAGAGUUACGGUGAGGAACAAAGGUCUCGCAUCCGGUGUCGUCACCCUGAACAGUCGCGCUCACGCCGUCCUGAACGUCGCUGUGGGCAGUCUGGCAGGAGGAACCCCGCUCGUCUUCACCGGAAACGGCUUUGCUCCAGGAAACACCAGCGUGAUGGUUGGCGGGAAACCCUGUGAGAUUCAGAAGGUGAUGCCGGGUCAACUUCACUGCAUGACGCCUCCUCAUGGCGAAGGAUUGGUGACCGCCAACAUCCGGGUGUCUUCUGUGGAUUAUCCUCCGCUCAACUUCAGCUACUCUGCAGCAAACACUCCGAUCCUCAUCUCCGUCAGCCCUGCCACAGGGCCCAGUGGAUCCGUCCUCACGCUCAACGGUUCAGGGUUUGGCAACGACUCUGAGCUCGUCUCGGUCUCCAUAAAUGACGUCCUCUGCAACGUGUCCGUGGUGUCGGACUCUCAGGUCCAGUGCACGGCAGGAAACAACCCAGGAGGAGCCUACAAAGUGAUGCUGCUUCACCGGGGCAAAGGUUACGCCCAAUCAAACGUCACGUUCACGUACGAACUGAAGAUCAGCAGCGUGAUGCCCAACGAGAGUGGUUUUGGUGGCGGCAGACUAACGACCAUCCGAGGCUCUGGGUUCUCAAACACAACCGUAGUGAAGAUCUGCGACCAGCUUUGUGUCGCUGACCGAGAAACGUUGACGUCGACCCAACUGCACUGUGUUCCUCCACCCAACAACGGAACUCAGUCGAACCUGAGCUGCGAUGUUUCCGUCAUCAAUCCGCUGAGCAACGUCACCGUGUCCGGCGCCUUCACCUACAGAUCUCAGCUGACUCCGGUAAUCAACGCGGUUUCUCCACGCCGAGGAGGCACCGCCGGAGGCACCAGGCUCACCAUCACCGGCUCUGGUUUCAGCUCUGACGUCAGCAAAGUGAACGUGACGAUCGCAGGUUCGGUGUGUGACGUUCAGUCGGCCAACAACACUCACAUCGUCUGUGUGACCAACUCCCAGAAACAGUCUCAGCAAACCAAAGUCAGGGUGAACAUCGCAGACAAAGGCCUCGCCAAGAUGGAUCACGCAGAUUUCUUCUACAUCGACGUCUGGUCGUCCAGGUUCACGUGGGGAGGUCUGUCCGUUCCUGAGAACGGCUCCUUCGUCGUCAUCACCAAAAACCAGACCGUCCUUCUGGACAUCAGCACCGCAGUGCUCAAAAUGCUCCUCAUUCAAGGAGGAACGUUGAUAUUUGACGAAGCCGACAUCGAGCUGCAGGCAGAAAACAUCCUGAUCACAGACGGUGGGCAGCUGCAGAUCGGCCAGGAGGGGGCGCCGUUCCAGCACAAAGCCAUCAUCACGCUUCAUGGACACGUGCGAUCACCUGAGAUUCCUGUUUAUGGAGCCAAGACGUUGGCUGUGAGGGAGGGUGUCCUGGACCUGCACGGUCUUCCCGUCCCUGUCCCCUGGACUCACCUGGCCCAGACGGCAACCAGUGGCUCCGUCACGCUGACCCUGAAGAAGGCCGUGACGUGGAAAGUCGGAGAUGAGAUUGUCAUCGCCUCCACCGGCCACAGGCACAGUCAGAAAGAGAAUGAAGUGAGGAAGAUCGCUGCCGUGUCAGCCGAUGGAAAGACUCUCACCCUGGACAGACCUCUGAACUACACCCACCACGGGGUGAGCGUCACGCUGCCCGACGGCACCGUGUUCGAAGGCCGAGCCGAGGUGGGUCUCCUCACCAGGAACAUCGUGGUUCGAGGAUCCCGAAACCAAGAAUGGACCGACAAGAUUGAAGCCUGCCCUGCUGGCUUCAACACAGGUGAAUUUGCCACACAGACCUGUUUCCAGGGUCGCUUUGGAGAAGAAAUAGGCAGCGAUGAGUUCGGAGGCUGCAUCAUGUUUCAUGCGCCCAGACCCGGUGAAAAUCUGGCAAUCGGCAGACUGGAAUAUGUUGAGAUCUACCACGCCGGACAGGCCUACAGGCUGGGACGAUAUCCCAUCCACUGGCAUCUGAUGGGAAACAUCAGCUACGUGUCGUACGUUAGAGGCUGCGCCAUCCACGAAACCUUCAACCGGGCCGUGACCAUCCACAACACCCACCGGCUGCUGGUGGAGCACAACGUCAUCUACAACAUCAUGGGCGGCGCCUUCUUCAUCGAGGACGGCAUCGAGACUGAGAACAUCCUGCAGUACAACCUGGCGGUGUUCGUCAAACAGAGCACAAGCCUGCUGAACGACGACGUCACUCCUGCCGCCUACUGGGUCACCAAUCCCAACAACAUCAUUCGCCACAACGCCGCCGCAGGAGGAACCCACUUCGGCUUCUGGUACCGCAUGCAUGAGCACCCUGAUGGCCCAUCCUAUGACAAAAACAUCUGCCAGAAGAGAGUUCCUCUGGGGGAGUUUCUCAACAACACCGUUCACUCUCAGGGCUGGUUCGGACUGUGGAUCUUCCAAGACUUUUUCCCAAUGAAGACAGGAGGCUGCAGUUCCAAGACCCCCAAGCCCGCCGUCUUCCGUUCGCUUACCACCUGGAACUGUGAGAAAGGCUCUGAGUGGGUGAAUGUGGGUUCCAUACAGUUCGAGAACUUCCUCAUGGUCAACAACGAGAAAGCCGGCAUUGAAGCUAAACGAAUUUUCCAGUGGGCCGUGAAAGGCUUCGGAGAGGACGGCGGGGCGACGAUGUCCAACAGCACCAUCGUGGGCUAUUUGGAUGAGCUCAGCCAGGGGAAGAGCAACUGCACCCGUCGCGGCGUCAUUGCGCCUUUUGACGACGGCUUGAGCGUCCUCAACACCAAGUUCAUCAACUUCGACCGGAAGUCCUGCGCAGCCAUCGGGGUGACCUCAAUCGAUGGGACCUGUGUGGAUCGGUGCGGUGGCUGGGCGGUCCAGUUCCGUGGCAUCCAGUACUUAAACUCACCCAACAAGGCCGGGUUCAGGUGGGAACAUGAAGUGCAGCUGAUAGACACCGACGGAUCCCUCACAGGAAACAUCAACCACAAAGUGGUGCCGAUGAGCCCCCUGCUGGAUCCGGCUCACUGCUCCCAGAGUGCAGAGUGGAGCGUCGGUUUCCCCGGAGCCGUGUGCGACCACACCGUCGACUUCCACCGCCUGGCGUUCAAUGAUCCUUCACCGAGCUCUCUGAAGGCCAAGGACGUCGUCUUAACCAACUCACAUGGCUCCAGCGUGAUUCCAUUUCUGAAGAAGAGAAUGACUCAUCCACUUGGCUGGAUGGCUUUGCUGCCCUCCAGACAAACAUACAACUGGUACUUCGACAACGUGGACCAGGUCACCAACAUCACCUACAACGGAAAGUUCUACGGUUUCAAGCCUGAUCAGUUUGUCAUUAUCAACCACAACUUCACUCAGAGUCCAGACAGUUUCAGAAUCAUCGACAGGAGAAACGGAUCGUCGACGCCGCUCAGCUUCAGCAGCAACAAGAACGGAGACUGGUACUUCGACAACAGCACCAACGACCUCUACUACAUCGUAUCCGGGAAAACAAACCAGCGGCGUCGACGAAGCACCGUCGACCGAUCCAUGCUGGACGUUGGGGUUAACUUUGCGGUUUAUCGCUGCUUCUUCCCCAAAUGCAUCCGUCCACCUCCGCCUCCUCCGGCCACCAUCGCCCCCCUGCCCGACAGCCGGCCUGACGACUUCAUUCUGUGGUCUAACGCCUCUUUCUGGAAUAAUUCGGCUGAGAACAACAACACGGUGCCAGCAGAGGGCGCCGACGUGGUCGUCCCUCCAGGGAUGUGGGUGGUUCUGGACGUGGACACGCCUCGUCUCAACAAACUGACGGUCAUCGGAGUUCUGGAGAUUCCCGACUCCAUCAACACUUCGUCCAGCAGAUCGGCUCGAUCCACUCCACAGUUCAGGAAGGUUGUUAUCGACGCCGUUUACAUCUCCAUCCAGGGCGGCCGGCUGAUCGCAGGUUCACAAGGCAAACCGUUCAGAGGUGAGCUGGAAGUCAGGCUGAGGGGAAACCACAAAACUCCUGACUGGCCUCUUCCCAACGGACCCAACCAGGGAUCCAAAGUCCUCGGUGUGUUUGGGACUCUGGAGCUUCAUGGAAAACCUCACAACGUUUAUCACACUAAGCUGGCCGCUACUGCUGCCGCUGGAUCCAACAUUCUGACGCUGACACAGCCGGUCGACUGGCAGGUCGGAGAUGAAGUCGUCGUCUCUACAACCAGCUACAACACAAACGAGACAGAGAAACGUCAGAUCACCGCUGUGUCAGCCAACGGCCGCGUGCUGACCCUGAACCACAGUUUGGCCCACACACACAUCGCUGAGACUCACUCGGUGUCGGGUUCAUCUCGGUCCUACACUCUGGCUGCUGACGUUGGUUUGGUGACCAGAAACAUAAAGAUCGUGGGUGAGGAUUAUCCUCAGAUGGUGGAGGAGUCGUUCGGAGCCAGACUGCUGGUCGGCAGCUACUCCUGGGAGGGAAUCGACUACAGAGGCAAAGCUCAGAUCAGCAACGUGGAGUUUUAUCGCUCUGGUCAGGAAGGUUGGACCGACUACAGUGACCCACGAUACUCUUUGGCCUUCGUCAACCUGGGACAGGUUUCAGGAGGAGAGUCGUACGUUAAGGGUUGUGGUUUCCACGACGGCUUCUCUCCGGCCAUCGGCGUCUUUGGGACCGAGGGUCUGAACAUCGAUGACAACGUCGUUUAUCACACCGUUGGAGAAGCUUUCAGGAUUUGGGGUAAUAAUAUAACCGUGAGGAGGAACCUGGUGAUGAUGUCACUCUGGCCGGGAUCCUACCAGGACAGAGAGGAGUCCUUUAACUUUGACUGGAACGCUGCUAUCGAGGUCAACGAAGGGACAAACGUCGUGCUGCAGUACAACAUCGUAGCGGGUUAUGAGAGAGUGGCGUAUCGCAUCGAUGGAGAACCAUGUCCAGGUAAUGUGAAUAACAACGAGAAGUGGAUUGAUAACGAGGCCCACAGCGGUCUGUACGGAGUCUACCUCAACAAAGACGGUUUGCCCGGCUGCAGCCUCGUCCAGGGUUUCUUCAUCUGGAGGAGCUUCGACUACGGCAUCUACUUCCAGACCAUCAUGAACAUGGUUAUUUCCAACGUGACGCUGGUGGAUAACGGGAUGGGCAUCAUGCCGCUGACCUUCGCUCCUCCUUCGCUGUCUCACGCAUUCGCUGAUAAAACUGUGAAAGUCCAGAACUCGCUGUUUGUUGGCAGCAGCCCGAACUUCAACUGUUCGCCCGGUUUGGACUUCUCCGACUUUAAUUUGGCCACCAGCGCCAGCCAUCGGGCUCCUCGACCUCCGAAAGGAGGCAGAUCUGGAGUCUGUUGGCCAAACUUUGCUUCCGCACACAACACUGCCCCGAAAAAACCCCACCACCUGAACAUGAACUACAACGCCAUUAAAGGCCUGAUGACCGUCACAGACACGACGUUCGUAAAUUUCCGAAACGUCUGCUCCGGUGAGGCGAACUUCAUGUUCAUGACCAACCCUCUGAAUGAAGAUCUGCAGCAUCCGGUGGAGGUUUCAGGACUGAAGAUCAUUGACAGCACAGAGGAAGCCAAAAUCUUUGUCCACAGGGCUGAUGUGGGUAAAGUGAACCCUGCCGACUGCGUGGACAUGGAGUGUGAUGCGAAGAAGAAGACGAUGCUGAAGGACUUGGACGGGUCGCUGCUGGGAGCAGUGGGAGCUGUGGUGCCCCAGUCCGAGUUCGAGUGGAACGGAGAUCCCAGGAGGGGCCUCGGCGACUAUCGCAUCCCCAAAGUCAUGCUCACUCACCCCAACGGCAGCCGAAUCCCAGUGGACCAGAUCGCUCCAAACAAAGGUGUGAUCAGGAAAAACUGCACCUACGUGAGUUCCUGGCAGAGCUACAUGUGCUUCGAUCUGAACUACAGGAUGGUGGUGAUCGAGAGCCUCGACGCAGACACGGAGACCAGACGUCUGUCGCCCGUCGCUGUGCUCGGAGACGGAUUCGUGGAUCUGAUCAACGGUCCUCAGGAUCACGGCUGGUGUUCAGGCUACACCUGCCAGAAGAGGGUGUCUCUGUUCCACGGCAUCAUGGCCACCGACCACUACUUCGACGUCUUCUUCACCGGCGUCAGUCCGCAGAAGCUCCGCCUCAUGAUGCUCAACGCUGAUCCAUCAGAGAGUGUCGUGGUGUCGGUCUUUUACUCCAAACCCCAGCGUUUGGACGUGUACGUCGACAACGUGCUGGUCGCUCCAACUAAUGCUCAGUGGAACGCUGAUAGAAGUGACUACACCCUGAAGAAGCCGAUAACUCCAGGUCAGUACGUUCCUCAGUUGAACGCCACCAUAGGAACCAACUACUUCGACCAGGACAACAAGAUGCUGAAGGUGACGCUGAGAGGCUCCAAACCGGUGGAGAUCAGAACCGCCCCGGUCCUCGUCAUCGCCUUCAACCUGCCCGCCUUGACCGAGGCUGAGUUCUUCGGCGAAAGGCUGGUCCGGAACCUCGCUACGUUCCUCGGUGUUCCCGCCAACAUGAUCUACAUCACCAAAAUCACCAGGGAGGACGCACGGCGCCGGAAGAGGUCGCUGGGCAUGAAGGUGGAGGUGGAGAUCAAGAGACCUCCGGUCCAGCAAACCACCAACGGCACCAACGAUGAGGAGGACUUUACGUUGCUGAAGAACAUCACGGAUAAUCUGGUUCAGGCGGCGGUUUCCGGAAACCUCAGUCAGUCCAUCGGCUUCAACGUCUCCUCGAUGGCCGUCACCCCACCGCCGCCUUCAUCCUUGGACCCCAGCUGGAGGGAGGUGGCCACAGAGGAAGUGACCAGAGAGGAACCUGAGACGAGUUACGUGGCCACGGUGUCCGACCUGCUGCUGAUGGUGGAGCCGAUAGCCGGAGAGUUCGUCGGUCCUCUUUCCCAGCAGCCAUGUCUGAUGGCCGUGGAUGAGGAGGGUAACUGUGUCUCGGUGGGAGUGACGUCUCUGAUGGUCGCAGCCAGUCUGAAGAACUCCAGUGGAAGCAGCGUGGACGGACUGGAAGGAAACAGCAGCAUCCUGUUCAGCGGCUGCUGGGCUAACUUCACCGACCUGUCCAUCUCCAACAGCGGUGAGAACCUGACGAUGGUCUUCACUCUGAAGGAGUGGGGCGCCAAGUCCAGCGCUUUCUCCGUCAAGAACCGAAACAUCGCCGCCAACACCACCCAGACCCCGACAACCGUCACCCCGAUGACCACCAGCAGGACUUCAACAACCAUCACCUCGAUAACAGACGUCAUCCCGGCGGCCAACGUCACCUCGACCACCUCCGACCCUCGGACCACCGACGGCAGCAUCUUCGCUUCAAGCUCCACCGUUUCCGCCGGCAACCUCUGUCUGGUCAGCGUCAUCUACGCUGUGGCCUGCUGCUCCGACAGCAUCCCCAUCUGUUAGUGUUUAUGAAGGAAAGCUCAACUUUAUUCACUUUAUCAGGAGCCGCUCUGCCAAGUAAAAAAAUAAAGUAUAAACGCAGCAUGAAGGAGAGAAAAAGUGCCUCUAAUUUCUGUUAUUCUAAUUAGAAAAAGGUUCAAAUACAUAAAAGCCUUUUAUCAUUUCCAGAGGCGCUGUUAACACGUCAAAUAAAGAAAAGAUAGAAUUUAAUAAAACAUCACAUGCUGCUGUCAUAGUUUUGCUCAGUUUGCUUCUUGAAUAUUUUGUGCACGUGAAUUUUUUGGUUCUUUCAUGUGUUGUUAAAAUGUAAAUCAGGUUUAAGAUCCAUUUUUAAAAAGUGCAAAAGUCAACUUGAAUCUCCAGGACGACAUGAAGGAUGUACAAAACAGGGUUCCAUUUUAAUGAUUAUAAUUUUGUUUUCAGUUAAUUCCUUUCUGUUGAAGAGAUACAUCAAAUAUUUAUUCACAUGCUUAAAAAAAGAAUGGAUAGAAUAUGAAGGUUUUUUCUGUCUUUUUGGGGUUUUUUUGCUGUUUAGUUUUACGUAGUUCUACAAUAAAUCAGGUGUAAGAUCCAGUUUUUAAAGUGCAACAAUCAACUUGAAUGUGCAGGAAAACAUGAAGGUUGUGAAUGUGAUGGAACCUGUUGCAUUUUAAGGAUUUUAAUCUCUUUUAUUUCAAUAUAUUCUAUUUUUCAUUUCAUUCUGUUGUGGAGACGAUGUUGGAACAUCAAAUAUUUAUUCACCUGCAUCAAAAAAAAUGUAAUUUAAAUGGAAAUCCUACAUGCUGCCAUUGUGUUUUUGUUCAGUUUACAUCCUAAAUAUUUUGUGCACAUGAAGGUUUUACUUUUUGUCUUUUAUGGGGUUAUUUGACUGUUAUGUUUCAUAUCAGGUCUGAGAUCAGGUUUUUAAAGUGCAAUAGUCAACUUAAAUGUACAGGAAACAUGAAGGUUGUGAAUGUGAUGAAAACUGUUGCAUUUUAAUGAUUUUAUUUUAUUUUUUCUUCAAUAUAUUCUAUUUUUCAUUCCGUUCUGUUGUGGAGACGAUGUUGGAACAUCAAAUAUUUAAACCAAAUGUAAUUUAAACCAAAAUCCUCCAUGCUGCCAUUGUGUUUUUCUCAGUUUACUUCCUAAUUAUUUUGUGCACAUGGAGGAUUUUCUCUGUCUUUUGGGGAUUUUUCAUUGUGUGUUUGUUUUGUUUUUUGUUGUUUUACUAUAAAUCAGGUGUGAGAUCUGGAUCUUACUUUUCUUAAAAGUACAACAGUGAAC